AUGGCGGGCGGGGGUUCAUCGCGCGCAGACGACGAUUUCGGGAUCUUCGGUCCACCCCCGACCACUACAACGACAACCCAAUCCCCAGACCAGCGCAACCAAAACAAGGUCAUGCUACUGAUGAAGAAGCUGCUCGAGAUCUUCGAGAAGCUCAGCGUCAGCCUGGAUGAUAACAAAACCAUGGGCGCGACACUAAAGGAGCACGAGCCAGAGGUUGUACGCCUCAUGAAGUGGGCCGUGCUGAUGUCGGUGAAACGCGCUGCCGACAGAAUCGUGCACGGCGAAUGGCCGUCACGACUUGAAGACGUUCAGAUCGACUUCGAGCUGCCUGCCAAGGAUUCUAAUGGCUAUUGUGGGUGCAUGGACGUCACUUCGGUUGAGCGU